AUGGGAGUGCCGGCCUUCUUCCGCUGGCUGACUCGGCGGUACAAGAAAAUCCUUGUCCGUGCCGAGGAGGCGCCCGAGUCGCCGUCGCCGCUGGUGGUGGCCCAGCCGAAUCCAAAUGGCGUCGAGUUUGACAACCUGUAUCUGGACAUGAACGGCAUCAUCCAUCCGUGCUGUCAUCCUGAGGAUGGGGCAGCGCCAUCGUCCGAGGCUGAGAUGUUUGAGCGAGUCUUUGCGUACAUUGAUCGCAUCAUGGCGCUGGCCCGGCCGCGGCGGAUGGUGUACAUGGCGAUUGAUGGGGUUGCGCCGCGAGCCAAGGCGAACCAGCAGCGGGCACGGCGGUUCCGGACGGCGCAGGAGGCCAAGGAGGAGUACGAGCGUGAGCUGGAGCUUGCGGCAGAGGCCGGGCACGCCCUGCCGCAGGUGCCCAAGAAGGCGUGGGACUCGAACGUGAUCACGCCCGGCACGCCGUUCAUGGCAUCGCUCUCGCUGGCGCUGCGGUACUACAUUGCACUGCGGAUGAACACGGCGCCUGGGUGGAAGGGCUUGGUGGUCAUGCUGUCGGACUCGAACGUGCCGGGCGAGGGUGAGCACAAGAUCAUGGAGUACAUCCGAAGCCAGCGACUGGACGCGCGGUACGAGCCGAACCUCAACCACAUGCUGUACGGGACGGACGCAGACCUGAUCAUGCUUGCGCUGGCCACACACGAGCCGCACUUUUUCAUUCUCCGCGAGCAUCUCGAGGACCGGCGGCGGUCGUCCAACUGCUUCACCUGCGGCAAGCCGGGCCACAUUGCGUCGGCGUGCCCGUACCGCAACGACCCGAGCGGGCUGGCGGCGAUGAAGGAGGCGGCGGCGUCGAUGGGCGGAAGCAAGGCUGCGCCGCCCAAGCCGUACGACAUUGUUGACGUCGGCAUUCUCCGCGAGUACCUGCUCAACGAACUCCGAGUGCCUGUCCCGUUUCCGUGGGAUGACGACAACGCGCUUGACGACUUUGUCUUUCUCUGCUUCUUUGUGGGUAACGACUUUUUGCCACACCUGCCCUCGCUCCGCAUCCGCGAGGGCGCACUCGACAAGCUGCUCCGCAUCUACAAGGAGGAGCUGCCCAAGCUUGACGGCCAUCUGACGUCCAACGGAGAGCUCAUUCUCGAUCGCGUCCAGGUCAUUGUCGACGUCAUUGGGCAGAUGGAGUCGGACGUUUUCCGCGACCGCAAGAGGAACCUCGACCGCGCCGCCAUGAAGGCGGCUCGCCGGCGCGGCGCAACAGCCUCUGCGGCUGCGCUCGAGCGCGCUGGCAUUGCCAUCAUGCCGACGAGCGGCGGCAAGGUGGCCAAGGCGGCAGCCAUGGAGAGUAGCGCAGGUGAGGGUGAGGUGGAGCCUGUGCCGAUGGAGGAGGAGAAGGGGGAGGCGCAGAUGAAGGUCGAGACUGGGGCCGCGACGGAGACGGAGGCCGAGGCCGAGAUCGAGGCCGAGGCGGAUGCCGAAGCGGAUGCCGAGGCGGAUGCCGAGACCGAGGUGGAGGCUGAGGCCGAGACUGAGGUCGAAGACAACGAGUCGGACGGCGCCGACCUGGAUCAGGUGCGGCUUUGGGAGGAGGGGUGGAAGAAGCGGUACUACAAGGCCAAGUUUGAGGUUGACCUGGAGCGCAACGCGCUGUUCCGGCGCGAGCUGGCGCGAGCUUACGUUCAGGGCCUUGUCUGGGUCUACCGCUACUACUACCAGGGUUGCUGCUCGUGGAGAUGGUUCUACCCGUACCAUUACGCACCGUUUGCGUCGGACCUGAGCUCGCUGGCGGACUUUGAGGGAGAGCUCGAGUUUGAUCGCGGCACGCCGUUCACGCCGCUGACUCAGCUGAUGGCUGUCCUCCCGCCGGCGUCCAAGGACGCACUGCCGGCGCCGUACCAGCGGCUGAUGACCGAGAGCGAUUCGCCGAUUGUGCACUUUUACCCCGAUACUUUUGGGCUGGACCUCAACGGGCACCGGGCGUCGUGGAUGGCGGUGGUGCUCCUGCCGUUCAUCGAGGAGCAGGCGCUUCUGGAGGCGCUGGCGAGCGUCGACGGCGAGCUGUCGCCAGCAGAGCGGGCGCGCAACACGCCCAAGCGCGAAGUCAUUUUUGUCCAUGCCGCCAACGCCAAGGUCUAUCCGUUUGUGGCUCGGGCGUACGCCCAAGGCAGCGACGGCGCCAAGCUCCUCAUCGACGUGGCCGGCAUGGGAGGACAGGCGUUUGCGGCCGCCGAGCCGCUUGCGCAAGUCGGGACAGACCUCGCGCCACCAGCCGAGUUUGACCGCUGGCCGUCAAUCCGCCGCAAUGCCGUUGUGGUGGCUGACUUUGAGUUUCCCUCGCCGCCGUACGACGACUACGUCCACGAGGCCGUCGUCCUCCCAGGCUCGAUCUUCCCGCCGCAGGCGCUCACCGAGAUGGAUCUGUACCAGUCAGGCCGCCACCGCGGCGGGCCGCGGACCAACUCGGCCGGCAUGUCAUACCACGGCAACAACAACACCGGGUACUUUGAGGACGCCGGCAUGCGCGCCGCCCGCCAGCGCCAGCGACAGCUCGCCGCCCGCCACCCGCCGCCGCCCGGCCACAUCGCCCCGUCGCAGAUGGGCUACGGCGCCCAGCGCGGCCCGGUCGGCGCUGGCCGCUUCCACCCAUACUGA